AUGGAUUCCUCCAGGAAGCUCCAAAGCUCUCAGCGGCUUCCACCGCCAGCCCUGUUCCAGGGUCCGCCAUCACACAAUGCAUCCAACAUUUCUCUCUCCGUACCUCCUGCUGGGCCCGCACUCGUGACUCCCUCCGGCAGCCAACCUCCACCCCUCCAUCGCAACCAGUCUAAUCGGGGCAACGAUGGCGGCUGCGCCGACAACCGUAGCCUGCUCUCUCCAUUCAUGUCCCGACAGUACUCCAAAAACGAUGUGGACGGGUCAGACGCCAUCUGGCAGGAAAUGCAAAGUGCACUCUCCGAGGUGGAACUAUGCGCAGUGACGAGCGAGCAUGUCUUUGGCGAGAAGCACGCGGAGGCGCUAGAGGAUUUACGCCUGAAGCAACUGAAGCUGGCUCAGGCAUGGGCCCGCAGCGAGGCCGACGAUGAAGUUGUUGGUUCUAGCCGCAACACUAUCGACGGCGAGAACUCUGCUACGGGUGCAAAACGUCGAGGCUCGGGGGAAGGGAAAAGUGCAGACGCCACGACGAAUGAGCAAGCACCUAGCAAAGACCGGGUCUCCCAUCGAACCUUAGACGAAGAGACCGAGAAGGAUAUCAUUCUUGCGCGCAAGCGCCGCGAGGCGAAUGACCGAUACUUUGACCGAGUCAACCAGGGUGUGCUGGACGUGGUUGCCAAAUUGGAGGAUGUCUCCCAGGCUAUGCGCACAGUCGAGAGCGAAAGCAAGGAUAUUUGGAGUGACUCGGAGAGUGGGACAGCUGCACCGUCGUCCACCAACUCCGGUUGA